AGUCACGAUGGUCCUUCGAUAUCCACACCCUUUUUUUGUUGGAGAGCAUGUGCUUGAUAUAUAGGUAUCCCAUGGUUGCGAGAGGGGGGGUUGGCGAGACGGUGAUGAGUUGCUUUUUGGCCGCACUGCUCAAUAGUCUCUCAAGAUCUUUCGAAUAACCAGCAUCAAACAUGGACGACGACUAUAAGGAACUCCGACGGCCCCAUAGGCUUGGAUUUUGGUUACUACCCUUCAACAAAGCCGCCGCUGCCCUGGUGAGCUGCCAUCCACGGAACCUCGAGCGAUACCCCUACGACGAGGAUACCAGGGGCAUCUGGAUCGACUUCUCCGACCCCGAGAAGCAAGACUACACUGUUGGCUGCAGUGACUCUGUCGACAUCUAUCUCCCACAAGUCUGGAACUCGACAGGUUCAUCAGGGAUAUCAGAACGGCACGCCUCCUUUAGAGCUGUCACAGAGACAGGUCCCAUCCUCCUUUGUGACGAGUCCGAAUAUCUUUCUACGGAGCCCUUCUCCCAUGGCAGUCGUUCAUACACCGUGAACUUUCGACGGGAAGGCGAACGAUCAGUCUUGGUGGCCCAAGGGAUCAACUCACUGGUAGCUUUUGGUCAUGGCCGGUUCUAUCAGUUUGAGCUGCGGUGGGAGAAUGAUGGCCUCGAUCAGUUUCGCAUGGAACCACCAGUGCUCUACGCUUUGGGUCCGAGCCGUGUCAAGACAAAGAGCUAUGUGCUAGGGGGGAAAGUAGGCGGCGGCACAUUCGGAAACGUCUACCGCGCUAUGGAUGUGACAACUGGGAGUGUCAUGGCAGUCAAAAAGUUCCAUCGUCUAUCCAGCAAACGCCUCGACUUUGCCUCGAGGGAAAUCGCCAACCUGAUCAAAAUCAACAGCGAUGAAUCAACACGAUGUGACCACAUCAUCCAAAUCCUCGACUACACCACCUCCUCCGACUGGGCCGAAAUCUUCCUCCCCCUCAAACUCGGCAACCUCAAAACCCUUGUCCAAAAGAUCCUCCCUCCCUCUUCCCAUUUCGAAGUCUCCAAUAUCGUCCUCCACCAAAUGCUCCUCGCCCUCCACCACCUCGAACAACACAAAAUCAUCCACCGAGACCUCAACCCCGAAAACAUCCUCUGGGAACUUGACUCCUCCUCAGGCUCAGGCUCAGGCUCAGGAACCUACCACUUCACCCUAGCCGAUUUCGGUCUCUCCACUUCCACCCUCUCCAACGACUCCAAGCGUGCCUUCUCCCGAGCCGAAGUAGCUGGUACAACACCCUUCAUGGCUCCCGAGGUCUACAACCGACACAAACAAAAACAGACGUCCAAGGUGGACAUCUGGUCGCUCUUCGCCACGGUCGUGUGGGUGCGCGAUCACCGGUUUCGGAAGGGGUGUGAGCUGCUGGGACCGCAUUUGGUGCAUGUGUGGCUGAAUAGGAUCGCGGGAAAAGGGCAGGGGGGGUAUAAGGCUGUUAGGAGGAUGGCGUGCUUUGAUCCGGGGAGGAGGCCGUCGGCGGGGGAGCAGUUGGAGAUUUUGGAGGAAGAGGCUGAGUUGGAGGAGUUGGAGGAGAUGGAGGAGAUGGAGGCUAGGUUUGCUGGGAUGGGACUGCAGUGGAAUGAGGGGAUGGGAUUCGAGGAGCAAGAGGAGAAUGAGUAUCUCACCGAGACACCGUACUAUCAGCAUGAUCAACCGUACAUGGCUGGGGCGAUAGAUGGUUAUGGAUGGGAUGGAACGAAUGGCGCAUGGUCCCGUGAGGGGUAUGUGCUUCCCAUGGAAGCACCGCGGGAUCAGGAGGUGAGUCCUUACCAGUGGUGGAAACAAAGCUUUUGCUGACGGAAUUUAGGGAUUGAUACAAGAUGAUGGCGGUCACUAUGGUCUGUCAAAGGCUCCAAGGGAUAAAGCUGCUGUCGCCAUGGCGAAGUGGAAGGCCUGGUACCUUGCAGCAGACGGGUAGUUGUUGGGAGGAGAUUGGUGAGAUAGAGAGGAGAGGAAUUGACGCCUGGCUUCAUCGCCCUCACUAUUACGAAAAUUGAUACCCAGCAGCACCUCGCUGCUUCUUUGG